AUGAAGAGAUUUCAGAGUAUGGAAGCGGGCGCUUGCAGCAACCCUGAAGACGUGCAACCAGCGACGAAAAAGGCGGCGCAAAAACUCGCAAACUUCCGGGGCUGUUCGUCUACCGCAUCAGGAGUAAUGACGGAGGCCGGUUUGUACCCGUCCAGCCGCUACAAGCAGUCCCGAAACAUGCGACAAUCGGGGCUCGGCUCCAGCUCCCGCUCCCGCUCCCGGCCGCCGACCCGUUUGAAUGGCCGACGCAAGAACGACAAGAGCCAAGCACCGCUGCAAGGCCCGUCAAACAAUCAGGUCGGAGAUCAAAGUAAGAACCAGCGGCAACAGCGGGGGCACCACGGCCGGCGACCUUCGACGGCAUUAGAAACCCCGUCUGCGCCCCUUGCGGCUCAGCCCACCCGCGACGCUCCGCUCUCGGCCCGUGUGGGGUUGUCCGCCGGGAAUAGCUUCGCGGAGGCGGCGGGGGCACGUACCUUGGGUGCUUCUUCUCCUACUUGCGACAACAACAAGAGCGAGGACAUUGCUGGCAGCAGGGCUACUAUUCUCGACAUCCGACGCACGCAGUGGGUGGAAGGAGAGUCGAAGCAGGGUGUGGGGGGGUGGUUAGAAGCGGACACAGCGGGGCGGUCUCAGCAGCACCAAGGGCAGCGUGUGGGGGCGGUGUCGGCGACCGGUCCGGAAACAAAUGAUGGUGCGGAGGAGGGAGAUAAGGAAGGGCGCAACGGAGGCGGCAAUGAUGAAAGUGGUGGUGAUCACGCGGGCGGCCGCUGCAAAACGAGUAGUACGACUAGCACGAGCACGGCAGAUAGCCCGAAGCCCUUUUCGCGGAGAGUUGCGUGGGGAAAAGCCAUGAGGGAGUUGUCAUCUUCCGUCACAAAAGUGGCGCACAUGAAAACCGCCGCGGACAGGGCCAUGAUCAACAGCUCCCACGAGCGGCGCGCGAGGGCGGCCAGCGUAAGGGCCGGGCUGAUCGAGGGGGAACUGCUUCGGGCCCAGGAAGCUCUCGCCAAAAACGAAAAUAGGAAGCGGCAGGCCACCGAAGCCGCCGCGCUCGCCGCCAGCCAGCGGGGACUUUUAGAAGCAAUCACCUUGGUAGUGGCAACCAAACGGCUGUGGGCGAGCAGCCUGAAGCUCUCGCAAGACCGUGAGGACCUGGCCCACUUAGGGGUCGCUGCGACCGUGGUUCAGCGAGCUUACAAGGUGGGAAAGAGGGCGGGGAGCCGCGGGGUCGCAACUUUGCGAGGUGUGAACGGUGGAUUAGUCAGCAGUGGGAAGGGAAAAAGGGAAGUUCUAGCAGGACACUACAAGAGACUUGGGGUGCCCUCGGAGAAUGAAGCUUUUGACCAAGUGUCCAAGAAGGAGGUGGAUGCAUGGGCCCAACAAGAAGAGACAUCGAAGGCAGACGUUGGGAACGUAGAACUAGAAAAGGAGUUCACUGAGGACGAGGUUGAGGCGUGUGUGAACAAGCUGAAGUGCCACAAAGCAGCAGGAGNUGUAUUGGUGAAGGAACAUAGCAUUAGGGAGGGCCAGGCAGGUUUCCGAAAGAAGAGGGGGUGCGUAGACCACGUAUUCACGGUAGGGAGAAUCAUCCAAGGUAGAAAGAGGGCGGGAAAGCCGACGUACUGCUUCUUCCUGGACGUGAAAAAGGCAUACGACACCGUAUGGAGAAAUGGGUUGUGGAAACAACUGUCCAAAUACGGGAUCAAGGGGAAAAUGUGGAGAGUGCUGAAGAAGAUGACAGAGUGUACGAAAAGCGCGGUCAUGCUAGACGGAGAACUGUCAAAAUUCUUCGACAUUGAGCAGGGGGUCCCACAAGGUUGCACGCUGUCCCCAACAUUGUUCCAGGUGUUCAUCAACGAUCUGUUGGAAGUCGUAGAGGCAGUCCGGAAGGGAGUAAAAGUAGGGGACACGGAAACGUCGGUUUCAGGAAUGCUGUUUGCGGAUGAUUUUGUCGGUAUGUCGGACACCCCUGAGGGACUGCAACUGCAAAUUGACGCGGCGAAGAAGUUUACUGAUAAGUGGAGAUUGUCUACUAACGUUAAGGAUAGUGCCGUCAUGGUAUGCAACGAGAACAAGGAGGAACCAGCUGAACAUAGAUGGAAGUGGGGGAUCGAGGAGAUUGCAGGAGUGGACCAGUACACAUACCUCGGAGUAGAGAUCGCAAAAGACUGCUCGUGGAAUGCACACAUGUCCAAGGUAGCGGAAAAGGGCAAAGCACGAGCAGGGAAGCUGCACCCAAUACUCGCAAACCGGCACCUCGAUACACGCAUCAAAUUGACGGUUUUGAAGAGCGUAAUCGUACCGCCGCUAGAGUACGCCGGAGAAGUAUGGGAAGGAAAUAAGAAGGUAGUGAAAGAACUCGAGGCGGCGCAGAUGAAAGCAGCGAAAACCAUCCUAGGAUGCUCCAGGCGCACAAGUAAUGCAGCCGUGAGGGCAGAAUUGGGGAUCCAAUCCCUACGGUCGGGAAGAGACGCGAGGAAGCUGACAUGGCAGUAUCGCAUGUGCGGGAUGGGAGAGGAGAGGUUGCCGAGAAUUGUAUGGGAGGCGAAGUGGGCAAACAAAAAGAGAGGUAGACAACCCACGGAAUGGGUCAAGGUUGUAGGGGACGUAUGGGAGGGGCUCGACAUCGACGAAGAUGAAACGCUGGAAACGGAGGGUCUACAGGGGUUCAAGGUGAAAAUAUCUGUUGCUUGUUCCGAGAGAGAAGAACAGAAUAUAAGGAAAUAAUCCAAGGAUAAGGAGGGUCUAGAGGUGUACGGAAUGUUGAAGGAA